AUGUUACGUAUGAUCUUUGGCAAUCAUGAAAUUAUUAACAUCAAGGCAGGCCGGCAAAUCACUUGGUCGAAUAAAUAUUUUUGUGGCCUCAUAAAUGAUAAUUCGGAAAGGAACAUCAAACGAACUGCGUCAGUAGGAUUUUGUUAUACCUUUGCAAUUGCAAGCACUUUGCCAGAGUGGAUGGCUCAACACGAACAAAGACACAUUGAAGACUGCACGUUCAACGAGCACCACCUACUAACAAUAACAUUGGAAGAUAGCUUUCAGAACAGAAUUGCGGCAAGCACGUACGUGGAUCAUCAGGGUGAAAUUCAGCAGAACCUAACUGCAACUAACUGCAACAACUACACUUACCACAACAUUGAAAGGUUGUUGCCUGCUACUGAAACAACCCCAACGUAA